CUCGCUCGCGCUGGAGGCUCAGUAAGUUUGUGCACAGGGAUGCGGGCGCACAGAGAAGCCUGAAAAUGGCUCUCCAUUGGAUUUAUUCAUCCCUUCUCACCAUUAUCUUGCUCAUACCUACCCAGGCCUUACGGAAUUAUCCGGACAACGAAGUUACUCUGCUAGACUCCAUGUCCGCCCUGGGAGAUCUGGGCUGGGAGGCGUACCCUGCUGAAGGGUGGGAGGAGAUCAGCGUGAUGGACGAGAGGAACACGCCCAUGCGCACCUACCAGGUGUGCAACGUGAUGGAGGCCAACCAGAACAACUGGCUGCGCACCAGCCACAUCCCGCGCGACGGGGCCCAGCGGGUCUACAUCGAGAUCAAGUUCACCCUCCGCGACUGCAACAGCCUGCCCGGGGUGCCGGGCACCUGCAAGGAGACCUUCAACAUGUACUACUACGAGUCCAACAACGCCAACCUGUGGUUCAUCAAGGAGAGCCAGUACGUCAAGAUCGACACCAUCGCCGCCGACGAGAGCUUCACCCAGGUGGACGUGGGCGACCGCGUGAUGAAGCUCAACACCGAGGUGCGGGACGUCAGCAACCUGAGCAAGAAGGGCUUCUACCUGGCCUUCCAGGACGUGGGCGCCUGCAUCGCCCUGGUGUCGGUGCGCGUCUUCUACAAGAAGUGCCCGCUGACGGUGCUCAACCUGGCGCGCUUCCCCGACACGGUGACGGGCGGCGACUCGGCCCUGGUGGAGGUGCGGGGCGCCUGCGUGGACGACUCGGAGGAGCUGGAGGCCCCGCGCAUGUACUGCAGCGCCGACGGCGGCUGGCUGGUGCCCAUCGGGCGCUGCGUCUGCAAGGCGGGCUUCGGGGAGCACGAGGGCCGCUGCCAGCCCUGCAGGCCGGGAUUCUACAAGGCCUCGGCCCUGGACGCCUACUGUGCCAAGUGCCCCCCCCACAGCCACUCCCCCCAGGACAGGGCCUCGGAGUGCGCCUGCGAGAAGGGCUACUACCGCGCCGAGCUGGACCCCCGCUCCAUGGCCUGCACCAGGCCUCCCUCGACCCCCGAGAGCCCCAUGUCCACCAUCAAUGAAACCUCGGUGACCUUGGAGUGGAGCCCACCCCGCGACAGCGGCGGCCGGGGGGACGUCACCUACAGCAUCCACUGCAGGAAGUGCUCGGAGGACGGCAGGAAGUGCGGCCCCUGCGGGAGCGGGCCCCACUUCGUCCCCCGUCAGUUCGGCCUGUCCCUCCCCAAGGUGCAGGUGACCGACCUGCUGCCCCACACCAACUACACCUUCAGCAUCGAGGCCCUGAACGGCGUGUCCGACCUGAGCCCCAGUCCCCGGCAACUCGUCUCCGUCAACAUCACCACCAGCCAGACGGUGAGUGUGAUCCUGAAGGAGAGGAAGAGCAAAGACAGCAUCACACUCACAUGGCAGGGGCCAGAGAGGGCCAAUGGGGCCAUUGUGGAAUACGAGGUCAUCUACUACGAGAAGAACCAGAGAGACCAGAACUACACGGUCCUGAAGACCAAGUCCAACGUGAUGACCGUGGACGGGCUGAAGCCCGGCACCACCUAUGUGUUCCGUGUGAGGGCGCGCACAGACGGCGGCUACGGGAAUUACGGCGGGGAGAUCGAACUGGAGACCAGUCACGAGGACAUGCUAGCCAUUGGAGAUCCCAACCAGUCCACCAUCCUGGCUGUGUCCAUUGCAGGAGGCAUCGUGCUGCUUGUGCUCUUGGUCGCAUGCUUCGUUGUGAGCGGGAGACACUGUGGGUACAUAAAAGCAAAGCAGGACCCUGAUGAAGAAAAGAUGCAAUUUCAGCAUGGAAGAGUCAACCUCCCGGGGAGCAGGACAUACAUUCACCCCCACACGUACGAGGACCCCAAUCAAGCCAUCCGCGAUUUCGCCAAGGAGAUCGACGUCUCCAGCAUCCGCAUCGAGCGAGUGAUAGGCGCAGGUGAGUUCGGGGAGGUGUGCAGCGGGCGCCUGAAACUGCCCAGCAAGCGCGAGAUCUACGUGGCCAUCAAGAGCCUGAAGGCGGGCUACUCAGAACAGCAGAGGCGGGACUUCCUGAGCGAGGCCAGCAUCAUGGGCCAAUUCGACCACCCCAACAUCAUCCGCCUGGAGGGCGUGGUCACCAGAUGUAAGCCAGUGAUGAUAAUUACUGAAUACAUGGAGAACGGGUCCUUGGAUACCUUCCUGAAGAAACACGACGGCCAGUUCACGGUCAUCCAGCUGGUGGGGAUGCUGAGGGGCAUCGCCGCCGGCAUGAGCUACCUCUCGGAGAUGAACUACGUCCACAGAGACCUGGCCGCGCGCAACAUCCUGGUCAACAGCAACCUGGUGUGCAAGGUGUCCGACUUCGGGCUGUCGCGCGUGCUGGAGGACGACCCCGAAGCGGCCUACACCACCAGGGGGGGGAAGAUUCCUAUUCGCUGGACGGCGCCAGAGGCCAUCGCAUACAGGAAGUUCACCUCCGCCAGCGACGUGUGGAGCUACGGCAUUGUCAUGUGGGAGGUCAUUUCCUACGGGGAACGCCCUUACUGGGAGAUGUCCAAUCAGGAUGUGAUAAAGGCGAUAGAUGAGGGCUACCGCCUGCCCGCCCCCAUGGACUGCCCGGUGGUCCUGCACCAGCUGAUGCUGGACUGCUGGGAGAAGGGGCGCAGCGAUCGGCCCAAGUUCGCCCAGAUCGUCGCCUCCCUAGACAAGCUCAUCCGUAACCCCAGCAGCCUCAGGCAGCUGGCCAACAGUUCCGUCUGGGACGACCCGCCCACGCCGGAACCCAACAUCAGCACGGUGGACGACUGGCUCGAGUCCAUCAAGAUGGGUCAAUACAAGGAGCACUUCUCUGGCGCAGGCUACACCAGCCUGGACUCAGUGCUCUAUGUCAACAUGAGUGACUUGGGAAGAUUGGGUGUGGUUCUGGCAGGACACCAGAAGAAAAUACUCAGCAGUAUACAAAUCCUGCAGGCACAGCAAGGGAAUCACGUCCACGUAUAACCCCCCCCCCCCCCCCCCCCACCCAACGGUCACGAUGACCCCUCUGCCCCGACCCCCUCUCCCAGGGAAAAGAGCCUCCAUGCUUGUGUUCUGAGUGCGUCUUUUUUCACCAGCCAUCCCACAUCUGUACAUCCGUCCGUCUGUCCGUCUGUCCAUCCGUCCCUGCACGCAGACCCUCGGUAAACCCCAGACGGGAGCUGUGAUCGGGGACCGGGUUAGAAACUGUCACUCAACAAAAAAAAAAAAAAAAAAAAAGAAGAAGAGAAAACAAAAAAAAACAAGACAUUUACUAGUGCUGCUUGUGCAGGUUUGUGUGAAGUUGUGCGUACAUCAUGCGUUGCUGUUUAAUCUGGUUGUUUUGCUUUGGGGUUUUCAUAUUAUUUACCUCAGAAGUAAGGAAAUCUUGUCUGUACAGAGCAGUGUUUUUAAAGUGUGCGCUGUUCGUCUGUUCAGAAGUGAAAUUUCAAACUUCAAACUCUAUUGCUCCAAGGGACCAGAUCACAUGACAAACAAUGGGAUUCAAAGAGCCUCAUCUCACGCCUGACCUGAUUACAUGAGGGUGCAGAUUUUUAUUUCAUGUCGUUUUGCGAACACCACUUUACAGGUACUUUUUCCUUCUGUCCCAGAAACUCAACUCGUAUUCACAGGUUAUAAUAUAGAGCCACGGUGUAUAUAUUCGCCCCAUGUUCGUACAGUAACCUCUCCUGAUAUCCUUGUUUCGAGGUCGGCAUGAAAUACUGAUGAAAGAGGUAUGUGUGGAUGUAAGACCCCCACAGUCAGUGUCUUACUGUCCCAAGUGAUCAAAGUCCGUUCCUUCAUUGGCCCCCGUUACGACCUCCACGCCCGCGCCUGACCGGAGGGACCGGAGGUAGCCAGCUAACAGAACUGUGGCCCAUCGCGCCAGUCAGCGGUGCUGGAGGGGAGCUUCCCCGGUCAGGCAGGAUGUCCGGCCGCGGCUCCCCUUUGACGCGCGUAACCGCAGGAGGUGCGGAGCGUAGUAAGCGCGUCGCGGGCAAACCAUUAACUUAGUGGCAAUAUCUCCCCAGUGUGGAAUGUAUGUCUCUUUGGGACGAUACGCUUUGUCCCAGUUUCGCUUGUCUCUUCCAGACCGCUCACACACAGUCCCCCUCAGAAGACGUUUCAGUGCUUCCAGGUUAAACACAGACAAGCAGAUAGCAGACAUAAGAGCAAAUCAGGUCUAGGACGUACUACGGGAACCAGAGAAUGAUUUUUUGUGAAGUUUGUGCGUGUGUGGGCAUGUGCGCGUUUGUGUGCGUGUGUGCGUGUGCUGAUAGGGUAUGGUUCCAUUUGCAGAAAGCUUUGCUUGAAUGAUUCUUGAACAUUGUCAAUGGCCUGCACGAUAUAGAAUGUAUAUUUGUUGCAAAAGUGUGUGGCCUUGUGUCAUUUUAAGAGCCAGUUCUCAACUGUCCAUUUCCUCACAGUUUUACAGACAGUUUCCGUUCUGUUGCUUACCUGGAAAAACAAAGGGAAACGACUUCAUUGCGUCUGAAGAGUGCGAUGUGACCCAUAGCAUAUUUAAUGAUGAGUACUGAAGUCUCUCACAACUGAAGGAAUCCAGGAAGUUUAUGUGGAGUGUGCAGCCAAGCCACGUCCAUGCCCUGUUUUCUUCUCCCCCACAACAGAGCACCAUACCUUCUCACGACAAAGGAGAUGUUACCAUACCCGACUUCAAGAUUUAAAAGGAAAAAAAAAAGAUUGUACCAUAGUGUAAAAAAUGUACAGUGUUGACUUAAAACUCUAGAAUGUUUGUAAGUAUGAACUUUUUCUUUAGAACGAAGAGAAAAUCUAGCUGUGAAUUAAGGCUAGACAACCCCCCCCCCAUGUGUGUUCCCCCCACCCUUCCCUCCCUGCCCCCCUCCCACCGAGCUUUGAUGUUGGAGGAGCACUGGUGUGUGAGUGUAGCAUGGAUGCUAAGCUCCGUCUAUCUAUUGAAAAACCCCUGCGACGUGUCACAGCCUUGCAUUGUUCACUGUGGCAUUGGUCCUGAUGCGAUGAUGUCGCAGUGCUGCAGGAACAGCCGUGAGGUCGUGACACAUUAGCUGGGAGAUAAUGGUGCCUGCAGUUUUACUGAAGCGCUCAACUCAUCUUCACAGUGUUCAGAUGCCUCCCUGGCAAGCCCUUCAGAAACAAUAUCUUCACUCGUGAAACCCUUAAAUUUAAACCCCAUAAAUUGAUGCAUUUGUGCUGACUUUGCAUAAAUUUCUUUGACCCAGAACCUGAUUUUCAGCGAUGUGCUGAAAGGCUGUAUUAUUAGCGGUUGGGUCGAUGAGGAGCGGGGUACUGGUUCAUUCCAAAAGUGGAAAAAUAGAGUUUGGGCCUUUAUAAAUUAUAGAUAUGAAUAUGAUUUGUGUGUAAACGAGCACAGGCUGAAGGCUUCGCACGCUGCUCUGGGGACUGGUGUAGCACAUUUCUGCCAGCCACGGCUUCUGGCAAGGCAGCCCAAUCUCACCACUGCAGGAGGUCGGAGGUCACCUGUCUGUGACUGACCCUGCCACGGACUGCGUUCGCAGGAAAAUAAAUUAAUAAACAAGCUUGAAAAAGUGUUACUCACCAAAAAAAUAAAAUCCUUCAUCAAGGUGUUCCCAUGGUUACCUCCGCAUCCCACUCUCAC